AUGCGUCCACGGCCCGGGCUCUUGCGCCGAGGGCCGCCGCGUGGCGAAGCAGCCGGCAGGCCGCCACGGCCUCGGUGUGGCCGGCGGGCCUUUUCGUUGUCACUGGCGCGGGCGAUGGAGUCGGCGCAGCCGUGGAGCCGCAGCGGACGGACGCGGCCGCAGCUACCGUUCCUGGUGAUCCCAUCGCCUUCGCGGCCGUCGGCGGCGACCGCAGCACCGCAGCAGCGCUGCUUCACGACGCAGCGGCGGCAGUGGUGGCGCUACGAGGUGCUGGCCUUUGCCAAGUACACGCUCUACGUCUGGGCCGCCGUCGGCUGCCUCGUUGUCGGCCAGUUCGUGCUGCAGCAGGAGUGGAUGGAGCAGGCCCACCCGACGCCGGCCGAGUGGUCCUUCUUGUCGCGAAUGCGUCUUCGGGGGGCCUUGAGCGAGCGGGACGGCGGCGAGGACGAUGGCAGUGGCAGUGGCAGUGGCAGUGGUGACAGCUCUGGACAGCCGGACACCAGCAGCAACGACGAGCUGGCUACGGACGUACGCAUCAUCGAUCACGUGCGCAUGAUUCAGAUCUUGCAGGACCUGAUUGCACGUCUGGAGGAUCCAGGGAUCGACGGUGGGGGAUUAGGAGCAUCAGCAACAGAAACAACAACAACAACAGAAGCACCACCACUCCCAUCCUUCGAUAUCCGCCCCAAGAGCGAGCCGUGGCGACGUGGCUACUUUGAGGCGCUGCUGGCGGCAGCCGAAGCAGCCGAGCAUGUCGAGGGAUGGGUGCGCGACCGUACGCGCAACCUGGUGUGUCCGCCCGACAUGGUGGUUGGUCCGUCGAACCCGCAUCCGCGUCCGCUACCGCCCGGCGCCUCGGGAGCCCCGCGUGAGGAGGACUGCGAGCCCUGCUUUCCGGCGCCCGCCGUGCUGUACCGGAAGCUGCUGCACACCCGUGGCCUCAGCGUGCGCCAGCAGAUGGCCGCCGCCCUCGCCUUUGCCAACUACCUCGAGUACAAGCAGGACCUGACGGCGGCCGAGGAGGUCUAUGGUCGGGCUAUCGGACUGGUAUCCAAGACGAGAGGAGACGCCAGGACAGCCAGCGCCUGGACGCGUGCCUGGACCGAGGAUCCGUCUCUGGCCGACGUGUCGCAGAACCUGCUGGCAACUCUGACGGCCUAUGCGACCUUCAAGGCGCGCACCGGCGACGUCGCGGCCGCGCUGUCCGUCUUUGCCGCCCUGCUGCAGGCUCGCCGCACGGAUGCCAGCCUCUUCCGCCGCCUCGUCGCCCUCGUCACCCCGCCCGCCUAUCCGCCAGCCCCCGACGACGGCUUUGGGCCUCCCCUGCCAGGCCCCCAGGCCCGCUGCGACGAGGCCGCCCUGCACCUGCACGUGGGCGAGAUCCUCUACGCCACCGCCGGCGACAAAGACAGCAAAGACAGAAAAGAAAAGCGCGCCGAGGGCAUCGCCUGGACUCGCGAGGCCGUCGACAUGGCCGAGGAACAGCUGCGCGCCCUCCAGAACGAGGACGUCCGGGCGAAGAAGCGCCACGGACUGCUGCCCACCAGCCUGUUUGUGGACCCCCCCGAUAACGGCAAGACUAAGGCUAGAACCUCCUGCCGGCAGUGUCUCGCUACCGGACUCGACAACUGGUCCGCCAUGGUCCGCCAGCUGGCUCGCGACGAGGAGCGGCGCCAGACCGCAGCCAAGACGGCCGGCAAGACAGCCGGCUGGCUCCCCUUUUGGCACUCGGUCGGCGCAGACGGCCAGACCGGCGGCAACGACGGCCAGAACAAGCUUGGCCGGUGGGCAGCCGAGGAAAAGGUCAUCCAGGAUCGCAGACGUCGGGACAGAGACUUGCUGGAAGUGGCUCCGCCUCAACAAAAAGGCCCGCUAUCCAUGCUUGUGGCAUAA